CACGAAUAAACACCAAAACAAUACCUACUCAUAACCGUAGCCCAGCAUGUCCGCUCCCAGCGAUACCCCGCAAGCGCCGGACCCCCCCACCACCACCUCCAGCCCUAAGACACCCAUCCCAACCAAAUCCCCGCAAGCAACCAUCGACAACUUCUGGGACAAAUUUAUCACCAAAACCCCAGGCAGAGCCACCGCAAUUUUUCCGCAAAGCUUAUACGCCGACCUCCUCCCGCAUGUGCAAGAGAGGACACCGCGAUCGACGACGAGCAACGCAGCCGAAAGCUACGAGGCCGCCGCGCGGCAAUGCAAAGCGCAGGUUGAGCGGAUCGUGCGCGAGUGUCAUCGCGUGAACGAGAAGUUCACUGACCCGGAAUUCGAUAUCGAGAAUGAUCGGGAGCUGGGUUUGUGGAAUUGUGUGCGGGGGUUGGUUCGAGGAGAGAAGGGUGGUGAGGGGGCGCAGCUGGCUAAAGUGAAUGCGAGGGGGAAGCGGAAUGGCCCGAGAAAUGGGCGGAGAAUGAGAGUGAAGAGGGACGGUAGGUACACUGGGACGAAGGGCUGGGAUGAUAACUCGAGCUCUUCGGACUCUUCCUCCGACGAAGAUGAAAGCGAAGAGGAGAGAUUGCCCGGUUCGGUGCAUCGUGUCGACUGGAUCUUCGAGCAGCCUGCAUUCACUAUCGACGGGUAUUCGAACACCGAUAUCAAGCAGGGCGCGAACGGUGACUGCUGGUGGUUGGCGGCCGUGGCGAAUAUCUGCAAUCGGCGGGACCUGAUGGAGCGGGUUUGUCUGGCGCGCGACGAGGAGUGCGGCGUGUAUGGAUUUGUGUUUCAUCGCGAUGGCGAGUGGGUGUCCACUGUCGUGGAUGAUAAUCUGUAUCUGACUCACGAGGACUUCGACUUUUAUGGCGAUCGCUAUGAUAGCACCGGGGGGCGGGCGCGCGAGUACCGCAAGCAUCUCCAGACGGGGUCCGAGGCACUGUUCUUCGCCAAGUGCUCUGAUCCCAAUGAGACUUGGUUGCCGUUGCUGGAGAAGGCCUAUGCGAAGGUGCAUGGCGACUAUGAGGCUCUCUCUGGGGGUUGGUCGGGCGAGGCGGUCGAGGAUAUGACUGGAGGCGUCACGACGACUAUUACUACGAACAAGGUCCUGAAUCAAAACACUCUCUGGAGGGAGUUGGUAAAUGCCGAGAAGAACUUUGUCUUUGCGGCCUCGGCGCUAACAACAGGCCGCGAUUGGACGAAAGGUGGUCUGGCUUUGAGGCAUGCCUAUUCGAUUCUCCGGGCCACAGAGGAGGAGGAUGAAGAUGGAAGGAAGGUGCGGUUGGUUCUGGUUCGGAACCCCUGGGGCGAGAGAAAUACCCGCGGUAUCGGGGAGUGGAACGGGCCUUGGAGCGAUGGCUCGCGCGAGUGGACGCCAUACUGGCUUCAGAAACUCCAACACAAAUUCGGGGACGAUGGGUUGUUCUGGAUGGCAUACGAGGAUAUGCUCUCGACCUUUGUGUUUCUGCAUCGCACGCGUAUCUUCGAUGAGACAUGGACCGUGGUUCAGCGGUGGACCAGCGUGAAUGUCCCCUGGAUUGAAGGCUAUCUUCGUACGAGAUUUCUGGUCGAAAUACACCAGGCUGGGCCUGUCGUUUUUGUCCUUUCGGAGGUUGAUAAACGCUAUUUCAGAGGCCUUGAGGGGCUGUACGUAUUUGCACUGCACUUCCUGCUGCAGGAGGAAAAUGCAGCUCCCGGAGAGCAUCUGCUGGUGGUCCGACCGGUUCAAUGUCGGGGAAACCGGUCCAUUAGUGCCGAGGUUGAACUUGAACCUGGCAGAUAUGAAGUCCUUCUCAAGGUUGUCGCAACAAGAGAUUCCGGAAGUAAAAAAUUGGAGGAUGUGGUGAGAAGUUAUGUGGAGAAGAAUCCUGAAAAGUUGAAGCAGGUUGGCAUGAACUACGAUCUGGCCAAUUCUAGAGUUGAAUCUGCAGCAAAGCAGGUAGAAGGCAGGACUAGGAAAAACGCGGAAGUGAAGAAUAUAACUAGAAAAUAUUCACAGGAAAACAAGGAGCCACCGGUUGAAGACGUUGAGAGAGAGGUUCUUUCUAGCCCUACAACCGAGGAAGGGAACUCAAAGGCGCACGACGCCCAGGCUUUACCGUCCCACGUCGAGACUUCUGCAAAAAUGGAUGGAGUGAAAAGUGACAGGUAUGAUAAGGGAGAUGACGAUCUGAAAGAGGACAACAAGAAAGACGCAGACAAAGACCUGGACAAAGACGCAGAUAAGAAAGAUAGAGACAAGGAGGUCAUUUUCAUUGAGCCUCAGCCAUCUGAGGCGGAUGAGACUUCACCUUUGCCGUGGAAUGCAGUAUGCGUACUUGGAUUACGAGCCUACGCCAAGGAUCCAGAAGUCAGUAUCGAGCUUGUGAAAUAG